AAAAUACAUAUUUAUUAUUGUAAAUUUUGCAAGUCAAAGAUAUUAUUUUGUAAUUUUUGUGUCGAUAUUCUACUGUUUUUAAUGUUACCAUAAUAAUUCUAAUUUGGCAACAACCCUGUCAAUAUUCUCAAGCGAAAAGGCCAAGCACUCACACCAUCACCCACCCAGGUGCCUGUAAAAAACCAAAAAUGGGACGAAGAAGAGUGUUUUUACUUGAAAUUUUGUAAAAUGUUCAUGGUUCAGGCGGCAACCACAUAAUAUGGGCAACUGCUGUGCGGGUUUUUACUUAGUGUAUAACCAAGACUCAGUUUGUGCCCACCGCUGUUGGAAACAAACCUUUAUUACGUCAGCAAGUCAAUUGAUUCCUUCAAAUCCGCGGAUAGCCCAAUAGCGGUUUGAUGUUGGCCACCUCUUUACGUUCUGUACAUCGUUGAUUUCAGAGAGCCAAGAAAGGCAACUGGUACGACGAGGAACGCCACACUGCUGCAGAAAGAAAACACAUUACCCCUUACAGAGCCUUAACACAUUAUAGAAUCGCUCACGAUCGGCCGUAAGACGAGUCACGUGGUAGUCACUGAUGAUCAGAUUAUAUUGCACAAUGGAUUAAACACUUUUCCACCCUGUCGGAUGGUUUACGACGAAACUGAUGGUAUGGUCAAAAAACAUCAAAGCCAUGAGAGCCGACAGACUGUUGGCUGAAGCAUUCUAAUGCGGCCGCGAGACAUCGACCAACAAAUUUAAAUGACUAUGAAUAUGAAAUUUAAUUGAGAAGGUUCCGAUUGAAUAUCUCCGCAAAAUACGGUUUUGUAAAACGGCAUUAAACAAAGCCAACAGCAGAAUUGGACAAGGCUUCUAAUAACAAGUUUUUAGAUAAAGAGACUCGUUACAGUGUGACUUCUCAUGCUGAUGUGACUAUGACUGUUCGAAUCACUCGGGUAUUAUAUUUUAUGAGAGUGUGAAAUUACUGACGUUUGCCGAUUAAUGAUAUUAUAUGCCUCAGCAACAGCGGUUUUAUUUGUAGGAGUAGAGGUGAACGAGGACAGGACGAAAUAUCGUUUCAAGGGGAAAUGAAAUUUACAACUCAAUCUUAUUUAUACAGCUAGUUUGGUCCAAGGCUUUGAAUGUGCUUCAAUAAUUUUUGUAAAUUAACCACAAUAUUUCGAAUAGAAACGUGCCUUUGCUUUUAAUUAUGUUUUAUAUCCUGCAUGCCCCACAUUCGCUAUGAAAUCGAAUUUGAUUAAUUUCUAAAGCAAUUUUGGCAAAUAUGGUUUUAUCAAAAAUCAAACAUAUCUCAGAUAAAAGCAAAAUGGAGUGUACCACGCCAACUAUGACAUUGGCAGCUAUUACCACAGCGCCAUGGCAGGUCCAGAUAACAUAGUCCGAGGUCGUUAUGGUUCGAGAAAUCCUGCAACUGGCCAAGUGGAGGAAGUUGUUUAUACGGCGGGACCACGCGGUUUUCGAGCUAAUGGACCAAAAAUUCACCGUCAAAUGGAUUUGGCGCAAUAUCCUGUACGUCCACGGGGCAGUCCCGACGACCCGUUGGCGGAUCCGUACGACGAUCCUUCGUAUAAUUUCAGCUUCCGAUCAGGAGAUCAAUCGCGCACUGAAAACAGUGAUUCCACUGGUCGUGUGAGAGGUCUUUAUUCAUACUUAGAUGACGUUGGCGAACGCCAUAGUGUUCGAUAUGCAGCAGGUGCGGGGACGGGCUUCGAAGUUUUCAAUUCUGUACCUGACAAUCCAGCAAGUGUGGCAUAUGCUGCUCCCCUUUAUAAAGCUCCUCCGAAGACGCGUGGAAAGAUGACCACCCAGCGUGGCCCAGAUGGUACUUAUAAGUUGAUUGCUGCUGGACCUGACCAUCGUCGGGCAGAAAGCCGAAGUUCAGAUGGUUUUGUGAGGGGAACUUACUCGUAUUUGGAUGAUACUGGUGUACAGCGUACUGUUGAGUAUAUCGCUGGGCCCGGGAUUGGAUACAGGAUAGUGAAGAACCGAAUGGGCCCAGGAUCACACAUAAAUCCUUCAAUAACUGAGUUUCGAUUAAGUGAUAUGGACUUCAAACUGGCAAAUGAUUUUGGUCGGGGGGCUAGCGGUAGUGUCAUAAAUGAUGCUAGAGCUGGAAGUGAGUCAAACAGGAAGAGGGUCGGUGGUAGCAGAAUUGGCGAUGGGGAUUAUUUGAAAACGGGAGGCAGUUCAGGUAAAGUGCAAAUCUCCGAUAACAAUGAAUCAAAUGAUAAUACUUCAGAUGAUGGGAGCGUAGUAUUGACAAGUAACUCAGUAAAUCGUGUGAAAAGUGAUCGUGUGGGUUCGGGUAGUAGCAAUCGCGGCACAACGCGCUAUGGGGCAAACGGUGAAGCCAGUAGCGGAGGCCUUUUAGAUGGAGGAUAUGAUUACAGUUUGCCACGUAACCAGGGAAAGUUAGAGAGUAAUCGAAAAAAUAACCAUAACUCAAUCAACUCCGGUGACCGCGUAAGUCCUAAAAGUCGUGAACCAAACAAUUCUUCAUCAAGAGGUUCCGCCAAAUCCAGUAUCUCAAUGAACAGCAAUCGUAGUAGUGGUGGUUACAACUAUAAUUCAAUGUCGACUCUGUCCGAUACAUUAGACUUUAGUGAUGAUGAUCUUGGGUCACUCCCACCGUUAAUAACAAGCAACCAGAAAAUAUUACAAUUGAAUCGAGAUCGGGAAUGGGCGCAAGGGCAUCGUGACUCCACAGUGAUCAAAAAUGUUGGUAAAUGGUACUUAGGACUCCCGCCCGGGCAUAGCGUUCGGGCUCAUGUGCAGAAUAUAGAUUUGUUGCCGCUCGGUGGGCGACGGGUGCCAUCACCCUCCGAGGCAUUGCGGCAAGAUGAAAUCGCGGAUAUGAUGACAUCGAUGGAGAGUGGAACGUCAUACAACAGCUAAAAUUAGAAAAAUAAGUACAGUGGUAUAGAAAAAAACCUAAACCUUAGACUACAAAUACGAAACAGUAUUUUUGUUAAAAUAAAUUUAACUGCAUGCAUGCAUUUUAUAAUAAUAUAAUAUAAACAUUAUUUAUCGUUUUUAGAA